AUAAGGCGGAAAUUCAAGUUCGUUGUUAUGACAUCCACCUGGUUACUAUGUCGUUUAACUAGAACGAUGUACAAUGUAUAAACACAAGUCGUAGCUCUUUUUGUAAGAGACUGCUCUGAUAACUUAUUCAAAAGGCUGAGUUGUGAGGGAUAAAGUGUAUUGAUGGGCCCACUUUAAGUUUAGUGCUUGUGAAAGGGUGAUCAACACUUCUAAUUCAGUAUAUUCAUUGUUUCCAUAACCUUUUGAGAGUCUAUUGAGUUUAACAUCGAACAUGAGGACUAAAUUCAAAGCUUUUGGAUUUCAGAAUGGGUUGAUUUUAGGACUUUCACUUACUACGCAGUACUGCGUAGUAAAUGAAAGUAGGAAGAUACGUAUCUUCGUACAUACUCUGAAAUAGUGUAUUCUGUAAUUAUGAACUGAAAGUACAAUGAUUUCCACUUCAUUCCGAUAAUUUGAAGAUUUGUAUUUUAUAGACACUUCUUGUUUGAAACUUCAGACCUUUCUGGACAGGAAUAUCGAAUUACUUUUUCGUCUAGAACUGUGUUCGGGCUUUAAGAUGGUCUUUAUAGUUACUGAGUCGUAAUUUUCUUUUUAUUUCCCCUGAAAAUGGAAGGAAAGAGCAUUAGUUUAUACGUAAUUUACUCACUGUAGUGGGUGUGGCGAUUAAGAAAUAACACCUAGGGUAGAAUCCCACAGAAUCUACAGAACUGAAGUAAACGCCGAGUCUUCUUUUAAAGAAUUUAACAAAACGUGCAACCACUAUCGCUUCCUGUACGAAACUAACUUUUCAGAACCAUAAAUUUUCCUCUAAGCCUUUUGGUGUUCUGUCUUGUAAGGAUCACCUAAAUGUAGUUUAGUACUGAAUUGUGUGAGCUAUCUCUUGGAGUGAAUAGGACCAUGCGAAACUUGAUACGUCAUGACAGUAUGCAUUGUUAGUUGUAGGAUGACGAUGAAAACAGGCACACAGAUCAUCAUACAGUAUGAUGAUGACGUCUUUUUCUGUGGUGGAAAGUACAGUACUAAAUUCAACCAGGAAGUUCGAAGUGGUUGUAUUAGUGCUGUUCUCUAUUACCAUUCCACAUCUAUCGGCGUUCAGAGAGAGUAAUUUUCCGACAGUAUAGCCACAUUUAAUUCGAAUUUUGGAAAUUCGAGAAAUCAGAAGGACCUUUUUUCUUCUUUCACAUCUUAAGAUUAUCUGGAUUAUGGGAGUGUUUGAGAAUCUAAGGUACGUCGUGGGUGGUGGAAGGAUGGAGCCUUGUGAUACUCCUUUUGUCAGCCGGAAAAAAAGAAGUGAACUCCAACGACUUGUAGUAUGUGAUUUAUCAGGUGAAAUGUCCUUGACAUACCUUCAUUCAGCUUAUGAUGAAUUGUGCAAAACCUCUGAAAGACCUAGAAGUCUUCGACACGACGUUUUUGCAGUUAGCCAUAUUUCUUGGGAAAUCGUCAGUUACAAAUCCUAAAUAAUUAGUCUUGGAAAGAGGCGUUUUGUUUAUUGCAUAGUGAUAUGGAUUAAAUUAACAAUUCAGGAGUAUGACACUCCACUUAUCAUUUACUACUAACGACGAUGGGUUUUCCACUCAAUCAGAGAAUUCAAGUAUCCCUGUAACCCUAUCUUAAGUUUGUUGUCGUUUAUGCUCUACGAAAAUGUUUAUGUCAUAACCAAACUAUAGGAUAGAUGAUUUGGUAAACCAGAUUCAUAUAACAAAUAUAAAUUAGAGAACGUAACCAUUGGUGGUGUGGUCGAACAUGAUGAAUUCCACAAACUACUUAUAACUGUGUUUGACAUAGUUAUGGCGACAAUUUAGUGGAGGAAUACUUAAAGUCUUCGGUUUUGUUAAGCGCAAUCAGGAUAAUGAAAUUUUAGGUAAAGUUAUUACAGGAUGGAUCGGCGUUACUGUCAUACCACUUACUGCCCCAAGUAUGAUAGGAUAUCUGAUUACACAUUUAAGCAAAGCGAUGCUUGAAGCAUGUUGCUAACAAACUGCCAGAUAAAUCAAAAUGUGUCUAUAGUUAAACGUAUGGCAAAUUACUUACCUAAAUUUUGAAGAUAAAGUCGCGCGUAUAUUUGAAGCAUAAUUUGAGAGAUUAUUGAUUGGCAAGUGCAAGGUAGGUAACCUAAUCCAUCUAGUGAGCUUAUGUAGUUCUAACUAGUAAAUUAGCCUGAUACAGUAUUAUGCACACGAAAUAACCAUAUAUCAAGAUGCGUUUAACUGGGGAAAAUUGAGUUACCAAAACUUAACAUGACAUAGGUUUGUAGAUGUGUUAAUUGUUUAGAGUAAGAACUCGUUAUGGCAAGAAUCACAGGUUAGAAAUCCUAGAUGAUAUAGCUUGCAGUCGAUAACGAAGGCUCAGAAUAUAUUAGAUCUUUCAAGUCUUAAAGAUUGUGCAUCGUGUUACACAACUUCCCACAACUAUGAUUACAAACUCAAAGCAUUCUUGCUGUAUUAGCUGUGAGACAUCUUUCAUAUAAUUUCUCGAACACUGAAAGUCUAAGAAACUAUUCUUUUUAACAAAAUAAAUUAAUUCUCUACCACUUUAAGUCGUAUGGACUUUUAUUACAUACAAAGUACACAUAUGUAUCUUGCCAGUUAAUAUGAUAGAUAUACGUUUUUAAAAAAAUAGACGUACCAGAUUGUUAAUUUACAAUUUAAAUCUUACCCUCUUCUAUAAUUAGUACGUCAGAUCUUGCAUGUAUACUAUUCUAGACCAGCAGUUGAAAAUUGGCUAAAUAUUAGUCAAGUUAUCUCUUUUCUUCUUUUUUGUCAAUUCUAUUUGGGAUUUUCAUCAAAUGCCUUGAAAUCAAGCUAUUAGUCGAAUUCGCUUGUUAGUUAUUCAUAUUCUAAAACUUACUUCAUCUCAUUGAAAAAAGACUUUGAUUUUAGUGACAGAACAUUAUAACUGAUCAAUCCAUUUUGUCUUUAAAAGGGAAAGACGAUAAUCAGAGUACUUGGAACCAUGCUUUUAUAUGUAUUGAAAAUAACUUUAUAAAUUAUGAGUCAAAGUUUAUUAGAAAAGUUUAUGAAUAACUAUGAGUUGAAAUUAAAAGAGAUAUAUAGAAACUGCGAUACAUAUCGCCUUAGUGAGUAUAAUGCAGCAGUGAAAAUUCAAGCAUGGUUUCGUGGCAUUCGAAUACGGUGCUAUUUAAAACUUCUUGAAAAAUGUACAAUCAUCAUCCAAAAAACUUGGAGAGGUUAUAUAGGUCGUAAACAAUAUCGUCUUAUAUUAUCUAAAACUGUCAUAGAAUAUCGACGUAAUAAAUUUAGUCAAGCUGCAGCAAAAAUUCAAAGUGCAUGGAAAGGUUAUUUAACACGAAAAUAUAUAUUCAAUUUUUAUUCACGUAAAGUUUAUCUAUCUGCAUUAAUUGAUAUAGGAGAAUUUGUCAAAAAUCAGUUAUCCGACUAUGAAAAAGAAAUGAAAUAUAUAGAAUGUAAAGAAAGACAAGAAAAGGAACGGAAAAGAAUAAUUAAUUGGGCGAAAUCACAUCAUUUUCUGGUUUCAACAUGUUGUCAACCAGGAAUAUAUAAAAAUCCAGUAGAUCAAGCAUUAAUCGAUAAAGAAAAACUUCUAUUAUCAGUAGUAGAUCAUCAUGAAUCUAUUAAAAUUAAGAAAAAACAAAAAAAAAUUUUACUGACAAAACAUCCUAUUGAAUUAUCAUCAUAUCAAUUGCCAAAAAUUAAAGGUCCAUUUAAAAAUUCAAAUGAAAUAAAAAAAUGGUUAAAUACACCAAUAAAUUUAUCAUUACGUGUAUUAACUGAUUAUUAUUCAUUAGAAAAAGCUAAACAAAAUUGGAAAUCACAAGAAUGGUGUAAUAGAUUACAUGAUAAUAAUUUCUACACUGGUCAUCCACCAUCAAUACCAUAUGAACGUUCAUUAUGGACAACAUCUGUAUACGGUUCAAUAUCAUAUGGUACAAAACAUUUCCGUGCUUCAGAAGAUGAAAAUAAUUCAACAAUGCAUAAACAACCAAAAUUUCGUAAUAUAUUACCACCAAUUCCAUUAUUUGAUAAAUUUAAUAAAGAGUAUAUACCAGGUUAUGCAACAGGAUGAUGUGUAGCAACAGUUUUGAUAUGAAUUAAUCAAAUGAAGUUUUCUUUUAAAAAAAAAUAAUAAUAAAAUGUUUGGAAUUCCAAAUAUCUUUUUCAAUAUCUCAAUUAGGAACUGUAAUCAAAGUGAUCUUGUUUUGAUGUACAAUUCAUUAAAACUACUCAAUGAAAGCUUAUUGUGUUAUGAUAAAGUCAAAAUAUUUUAAAAAUAGGGUUGGUUGUCUACCCCUACAUCUCAUGUUUUAUAUGAUAAUUGGCUUAUAUUCUGCAGUUGCUAUGUUUUAUGAUUUGUAUUUAUAUGAAUUGUAGAGAUUUUGUAGACCUUUAAUCCAAAAAUAUUUAUAAAGACCUAAAACAAAUUUCAAUCCCGAAAAAGUUGUUCAUAUAGAUUAGGAUUAUCUGUUUACUGGUUUCUGUGUAUGACUUUGUACUUCGUGGAAAGUUUUAUACUUUUAUAUAUACAUUAUUUUUAGAAUUAUCACUGUGAUACUUUAUUUGUAUUGGUUAUUUGAAUCUUCUCAUUGAUGAUUAAGAAUGUAAUUGAUUUGUUCUAGGGUCUACGUCAACUUUGGGAUACAGAUUCAUCCGGUUAACUAGUAUAAAAUAGAAAGAAACAUUCGUUCUGAACUCCACUGCUAGCCACCAUCCAUUUCUGCUUAUAUGACUAUGAUAGUUUAAAUUGCCCUCGAAUUCCCUGGUGGGACCGAGAGUGGAGAGAGUCCGUUCUCCCUCUCGCAAUGCUCUCGUAUGAUCACGCGUAUAUAGCCUCUGCCAGCGAAGUCAUACUCACUGCCUUCUCG